CAGUAUGCUAGUUUAGCCCAAGUCCAUAUAUAGUAAGCUUCCUAAAAUAAACGGCCCACUACUAGAGUCUUCUAUUUGUGGGGCGAAACUACUGCCUAUAAAUACCCCAAAUCCCAAAUAUUUUCCCACGCAGUUACCAAUUUUGCAGGAUCUUAAUAUACACUACUGUUAGUACUUUUUGGGAGAAGUCUGGUUGAAAAAUGGGCAAGAGGAAGGCAAAAGCAAAGCCAGCACCAAGAAAAAAAAGGGACAAACUUGACACGGUCUUCAGUUGUCCUUUCUGCAAUCAUGGAAGCAGUGUAGAAUGUCGCGUUGAUAUGAAGAACUUGAUUGGUGAGGCCAUAUGCAGGAUUUGCCAAGAAAGCUUUAGUACUACUGUGACAGCUUUGACUGAGCCGAUAGACAUAUAUAGCGAAUGGAUAGAUGAAUGUGCACGUGUCAAUAACCUUGAAGAUUAUGAAGACUAGGAAGGAGGCUAGACAGCCAUUUAAAGGGAAUACUUCAACAGCAAAGCUUAUCUCAAAUCUGAGUGCCACCAUAACGAUGAAGCUACCUCGAGGCUAAUGUAGUUAGUUGAUCCUACUGGGAUUUGUAAAAUAUGUUAUGAAACAGUACCUUAUAUAAAUGAAACAUUUGCAAAAACAUUCUUCUUACUUCUGAGUUGAAGAAACUGAAAUUGUUGUGAUAGAAAGUCAAAUUUUGCUUA